UGCCAUAAAAUUAAAUUUUAAAUCUUUUUUAUUCCCGCAAAAACGCUGUUAGCUAUUUUGGUGACAGGUGACGUAAUAUUGGUAAAAACAACAGUCAAUUAACAUUAACAGCCAUAAAUAUUUGGUGUUUUUUGGGAAAAUAAUGAAUUUUAAUCGCUAUCGUUGGUGUGUAGCGUCUAGCUGUACAAAUAAUAGCAUUAAAACUCCAGAAAAGUUGUUCAUCAAAGUGCCAGAUGAUAUUAAAAUGAGAAAUGUUUGGUUGGAACUCGCAAAACGCGAGACAUUAUCAACUAAAAGUCGAUUGUUUUUAUGUGAGGAUCAUUUCAAUUUGGAGCAAGAUAUGAAGAAUUAUAUGGAAUACAAAAUAAUGGGAACUGUAAAACAAGUUAAAAUGAAAGCAAAUACCAUCCCAUCCAGAUUUGUUUUUCAUACUGACGAAAAAUACAGCUUGUCACCAAAUACUAGCAAGUCAACUUUUACGAACACACAAAGUCUGGAUUUUGUUCAAGGAACUGAAAACAGCGAGCUAUCUGAAAUUGAUGUUAAACCACGAAAAAAGUUAAAAAACACGUCAGUUCCAUCGCGUAACUUACAAGAUAUUAAAGCUGAUACAAAGUCAAACGUAAAUGAAGAACGAUGUCAAAGAAACAAUAAACAAAGUAUCAAAAAAAUGGUAAAUAAACUGGAAGAACAAUGUCCUACUGAUGCUGCAAAACAACAGUGGUUCAUUGACAACAGCAGUGCUUCGAUAACAGAAGAAGAAAUUUUUAACAACAGCAGUGAUAUUAAUAUUAAACAUGAACCACUUCAUGAAAAUUACGAAUAUGUAUCCACAAUUAAUUACGAAAAUAAUAUACUUGAAAAUCAAUUAAAUACAGAAUUCAUUAUUAAAGAUGAAUUAUUAGAAGAAAGUAUUUUAGGAAUAUAG